AUGAUCGAGUUUCUUCAUUAUGUGUACCAGACAGCGACGGAUAAUGCUAAGUUUUUUUCUAUAUUACUGAGUAUAAGUGUCGUUGCCUCUAUCUACCUACUACAAAUACUCCGCAAUUAUGUGCGGAUUCUAAAAUUAGUGGAGGAAAAUAAUAGAAAAGAGGGUAAACUGUUGGGGCUCUGCGUGGUACAUGAGUUUACCUACUCAUGGAGAAGAGGAGUCACCCUAAGACCCAUUCAUUUUGGCUCGAAAGAGCAAAAGUGCGGAGUAAAAGAAAAAGAAUCGGAAGGAGAAGUGUGA